CUCGUGAUUGGGAACCAGCGACAAAUCGGUAUAGUGCAUGCUGGGUAGCACGAGUUUGUACGGUCUCUUAUGCACGGGUGACUGAUGCGAGUAGACGUAUUUUCCCAAGCUGAGUAUUGCUUGGAGUAAUUGUGAGCCUGACCGACGAGUAUAGCCGACGAGUUCCCUCGACGACGACGAGGACGUUUGGUGCAUCCUGACGAGGAUUCCGGUUGAUGCCCAUGUGAGUAGUUUAGUAUCUUGUCGUUGCUAGUAAUUGCUGUAGUUGUUGUGAAAGAACCCCACAAAGAGCUAACCGUGAAAACACUACAAUGGCGCCCAACGUGGGGCACAGUGAAACUUGUGUUUAACGGUUAGGCUAGUUGCAAAAUCAAUCGGCAUCGCAUAAUUUAUUUUCAAUCGACGGAUCAAAUUCAAUUUGAAGUGUAUAGAAACUGUUCGUUUCAUAAAACGUGAUUUCUGUUGUUAACUUGUUGAACUCAGUGUUCGUCUAUUUUAAGAAGUGUGUAACAAACAGACGGCAUCGUAGUUUUUUUUUUUCCAUUGUUGGCAUUCGCCGGCCAUGUUAUCAGUUGGUGAAAUAUUUCUUAAAAAACGUGAUUUUCCAAUGCUGUUUGUUACAGUUUAAUUGCUUGUGUAAUCAACGGAUGGCCACGUGUUUUUUUUAUUUGGCAAUUUUCCCGUGAUUAGUUGGCGCGUAUUCUGUGCGCAGCAGUUCAUGAAAAACGUGUUUGGUUGACUGCUGUAUAUAGCAGUGUAAAUUGCUGAUGUAUCGGUAACUAAAGUCCGAGGAAAUAGAAGUUUACACGCACGAGUUUUGUCAUUGGCAAUUCUUUUUAUAGCAGUGCUUUGGCGAAUGUAAACUGGGUCCCGGGAAAUUAGUGCUUAACGUCAAGUUAAGCGACGUGUUUCUUACUUUCAGUUUUUAUUGAUUAUUGAUAGCAACAACAGUGAUAGCGAUUUUGUUAAUUGGUUAUUGUUGGGCAAUUAAAUGUUAAUUGUCUACCAGUAGACACAAAAGUUUUUAUUUCAGAAUUUCUUGGCCCAUUUAUUUUAGGUUUUUUAUUAAUUUAACUUUUUCAUAUUUACUUGUAAAGUUCUAAAUUGACAAUGGAUAUGGGAAGUGGAUAUACCCCACCAUUUUUACUGGUAGCCCCAAGAAAAAUUCGAGUGAACUACGACACUCCCACUAGAUUAUGCAAUAUUCUGGGUGUGGGCAGACAACUGGCACAGGCCAUUGUUUUGAUACGGGAAAAUACGGGAAAUUUUUUACCACAUACUUUAGAGGCAAUUAUAGGGCGGCCGCUGACCUUUGGUGACAUGACCGAGUUGGAUUUUAGUACUAACCCCGCAUUAUUUAGAGAAGCCCUGGGGUAUGGGGAUGGGGCGGAACAUGUUGGGGAGGGUGGAAUGGGGCGGUCAAUCGCAAAUAGGCCCAUUGACCCACACGAAAGGUGGAUAGAUAUGUCUGUGCUUGAGAAGGAGUCGGUAAGUCAGGAUCGCGAGAGGGCCCAACUCGAAGCCCAAAUUUCGGCUCUUGAGGCGGACGUAGCUCAAUGGGACGAUUUUCUUCCCCAGAUUGCAAAGCCUUUGCUCCCAAAGCGUCUGUUGUUACAGCCGGACCGUAUGAUGACAAGCAUACCGAAACCGUUUAAUGUCGCAUCAAGCGUCCACGCCCCGCCCCCUUUGUUAGGUUUGCCCCAGAGUAGGGACAAUGGGCCUACGGGAUCCCAUCGUGCCUCAAAGGGCCCUCUUUCCCCGAAUGGUCUACCUGUCCCAAUUCCAUCUACCAUCACUAUUCCCAUACCCAGCAAUGCACCGGUUUUCAAUAAUUUGCCCGGACCAAGCAACCCUCCUGGCCCAAGUAUUCCCCCGACACAGAAAGAUCGGGAUGUUCUGACAAAAUUGCCUAAGAGCCUGCUAUAUGAUGGGCAGAGCAAUUGGUUUGUUUUUCAGAGCAAAUUUGAGCGCUACGCAAGGGUGCACGAUUGGUCUGACGCAGAAUGCGCCGAUUGCCUUGGUUGGUGUUUGACAGGAAAGGCGGUCGAUUUCUAUGCGUUGCUUACCGAAGGGAGAGGGACGGUACCUUACGCAGAGCUAAUGCAGCGACUGCAGGAGCGUUUUGGCGCCAGGGAGCUUACCGCCACCGCGCAGGGCCGUUUCCACGUUGCCCAUCAGGAAGUAGGCGAGUCCCUAGACAAUUGGUCAGAUCGGGCGCUGAAGCUGGCAGCAGCGGCGUUUCGUGAUCUGCCCUAUGCAUACGCCGCUGAACAGGCAGUGACGAAGCUUUGUCACGGUUUGAUUGACGAGGAGGCCGUCGGCUUGCCCUUCAGUCCGAGGUAUACCCAGGAGACUGAGCAAGAAGAGUCAAUGUGGGUUCACGAGGUGAAGAAAGCACCCACUGCGGAUGAGGUGAGUGUGUCGGCGGUCGACAAAUUGACCCAGGUGGUCGAGAAGUUGCUGGAUGCUGUGGAGAGAUUGUCAAACUCUUUUGGAAGUUCGGCCGUUGAUCCCUUUGUCCGACAACCGGGUAAGCCGUUUCGAAAUAAAAAAGGCUAUGCCGAAUACCCUGUGGAGUGCUCCUACCCAGGGAAGGUCCGGAACCGGUGGUACAACGACCAACGCCAGUUUAUGUAUCCUGCGGGUGCGGGUGGCGGAGGUUUACGUGGGCAUCGGAACCAAAAUUCAAAAGUCCGCCCUGAGGGAUCGUAUCGCGGCAGAUAUGGUUCCAACUGGGGACAUUUCCAUGCCAUGUCCUUGCCCAACCAUAAGGAGAAGGAGCCCGUUGUGGUAGCUGCGACGACUAAGCAGUUGGGCCAACCGGAAGUGGAUCAUGUAAACCAGCUAGGUCCGGUUUCCCAGUUCUGCAUGAAGGUGCAGCAUGCCAAGGACGUGCACGAUGCAGUUCCCUUGGUGCUGCCAACAGUGCCAGUUGUCGUCAGUGAUCCAAGGAUGGUCAUAGGCGAGAGCACUGAAGGAUACCAUGGAGAUCCUGUGUGCGAUGAUGAAUUUCGCGUGCAGCGCGUUGCGGUUCAGUCUGCGGAGGCGGCUAAAAGCAUGGCGACCGACAGGGCCGACCAGGUGGGGCCCAAAAUAGCCCAACGAAAAGCUGCUGAAACUACUCCGGCCACCGGAAGGUCAGUACCUGUCAGACGGGCGACAGAAGUUGCCGCGUGUGACCGCCGUAAGGGCGGCGCAUGCGGAUGCCGAGUUACCCCAGAUGACAGCUGGGAAGGUGGUGUUCGAAGACUUGUUAGGCGUGGUUCCAAAGGGUGGCGACCCUCUAGUUCUCGCCGCUGGGAGCGGUCCCAGCGGUGGAAAUUAGGUUGGCGACCACCAGAGCGUCUAACUUCCAAAAUCUGUACCGCCUAAAAUUGUAAAUGGCGAGGUUAAUUGUUAGUAAAACUAGGAAAACAAUGCAAAAUACAAAAGACCCCCAAUUUUAAAAAAUACAGUAAAGUUGCAGUCACAUUCUAUUCGCGGUGUUGAUAACGUAUUACGGUGUACGCGGAGUAUCUCUAGUAGUAACACUAAAAGCAGCAGCAGUAGUAGUAGUAGUAGUAGUAGUAGUAGUAUUAGUAGUAGUAGUAGUGGUAGUAGUAGUAGUGGUAGUAGUAGUAGUAGUAGUAGUAGUAGUAGUGGUAGUAGUAGUAGUAGCAGAAGUAGUAGUAGUAGUAGUAGUAGUAGUAAAAGUUGUUGUUAUGAAUAUUACAUGAAGUACGCGGUGUAUAAAAGUAAUAGUUCUCUUAAACAUUUUGAUUAGUUUGAUUAUAUUGUUUUGAAUAUAUAUUUCCUAUUGUCUCAGUUUAAGCCCAGUCUUUUAUUGCAAUAUUGUUGGAACUAUAAAAUUGAAAUUAAUCUGAGCAGUGCUCUGCGAAAUGGGGGUUUAAUGAAUAGGCAUAAAGUGUCGUCCCAAAUUAUCUUGUGCCGUCCGCGCUUAACUUCCUGUAAUUUUUGUAUUACCGCGCUAAGAAGUGCUUUGCACAGUCACGGAUGUGUUUGAUUAUUUCCCGUGAAGUCUGUUGUUUUUUUUUCCUUAUGGUCGGGUGUGACAUUGUCGGACAUUGUCGGACGACCGCUGUCACACCGCACCAUCGGAUGUGGUAACUACGCAGAUGGUGAAUAGGAACCCGGUUUCCCCUGCAAUAUCCCAGUCUUGGCACCUCCGUCACCUUUUAUCCUUCCAUGUUAAGAUUUGUGAGUCGAUCUAACUUCAAUCACUUCGUCAUUGCUGUAUCAUGUCAUUUAUUUCCGUAAUUUUCUAUAAAUUCUUUUCUACCAACCAUAUGCCGAGCAAUGUCGUAGAAUUUUGUCGCAUGAGUUUUUUUUUUAUAGGUGACAGUGCUUGACGACCACUGUCACACUCAAUACUGUUGGCCGGAAGUGGUAUUUCCCGGAGUUGUUCUUUUAAACAAUAUUUGCAGGUCUUUUUAUAUUUGUGUGUGACCGUGCUUGACGGCAACUGUCUCUAGCGUCACUUUGAUUUUUUGAAUGACCGGAGAUGUUUCCCGGUGCAUGCACACUUUUAUUUUGUUUUUAUUUUUGUAAAGUACAUUAUUUCUCAGUGUGAUCACCACAUUCUAAUACAUAAGUGACUGUACUUGUUGGACGAAAGCCAACAAGAAUGUUUUUUCUUGAUUAAGCAAUUGUCGGACGAUAGCCGACAAUAAUGUUUUUUUUUAUUUACUAAUGUGAUGGAAAUUUUCUUAUGCAAGAAACAUAUUGGUCACUAACCGCUAGAAUGCAGCGGUCUGUAUGUACCCCGCUUGGCAAAGGCACUCCCGUGCCUGCGGGAGGGGGAUCAUGGUCCCAUUUGAGUCUCUAUCUCUUCUGCCUUGGGUGCGACCGUAGGGCGGCGGUCCAAGAGGACAAAAGUGGGAGGAAUGUAGUGGGUACAAUAGUUUUAUUUUAAUUGUCUUUUCCUCCAUAUAAUGUCAAUGAUUAUGUAUAAAAUUAAAAGCAAUUAUAUGUAUUAUUUGGACAAAAAUAAGAUUUUUUAUUCUUAUAUUUUUAACCUUUUUGUCACUGAGAUAUUAUUUAAACGCAUUUGUAGUGCCUUAGAAGGUUACGUUUCUUGUGAUUUUUAUUUUAAUAUAACCAAGCGGAUUUUUAUUGUAUAUUAUGCAGUCACAUGCAGAGGGCGUAGGCCUUCUCAUUUGGGCUGCGAGGAGAUGUAUUUGUAUGCAGUUAUUUUAUUUCUUAAAAUUUGUGAAAAUAGGUUGGAAGGUGGGUACACUUGUCCAAUUAUUGUGCAGACAAGAAAAGGAGCAAGAGUUACCGGGCCUUAUUAUGAACUUUUAUUUUUAACACUUUAUUAACAAAGAUUAAGGCUCAUAUGCGUUCAUAUUUGUGCGAAGGUGCUAAACACAAAUGGUCAUUUAAUGGAGAUGCAUUAACUUUAGUUGUGGUUUAUGGCAGGCGUUGUGCCAAAAGAGAGGUCGGACGAAAGCUAUGCCUGACUUAGGGGAGUUGGGUCAAGGUGCUUACGCAAGGGGCACUAUUACUUCAUCGGUGGCGCCGGUACGAUUCCUUCGCUGUGUGGCGUCGUCCCAAAAGGACAAAAGUGGGAGGAGUGUUGUGCCGGUGCCCGGUCUACAAAAUGCGCACAUACCUCGUGAUUGGGAACCAGCGACAAAUCGGUAUAGUGCAUGCUGGGUAGCACGAGUUUGUACGGUCUCUUAUGCACGGGUGACUGAUGCGAGUAGACGUAUUUUCCCAAGCUGAGUAUUGCUUGGAGUAAUUGUGAGCCUGACCGACGAGUAUAGCCGACGAGUUCCCUCGACGACGACGAGGACGUUUGGUGCAUCCUGACGAGGAUUCCGGUUGAUGC